GGGGGGAGUCCUGCUCAGGGAGAAAGAGAGAGAAAGUCCUACUCAGAGAGAGAAAGGGGAAGGGAGGGAGUCCUACUCAGAGAGAGAGAGAAAGAGAGAGAGAGAUAUGAGAGAGAAAGAGAGAGAGAAAGAGAGAGAGAGAUAUGAGAGGGUCCGACCCAGACAGAGGUAGAAGGGGGAGCCCUGAGGAGCUAAAAAAGGGGCAGGACAAACUAGCCACGCGCCUCACACACAGACAGACCCACCGGAGUACAGGUGGUAGUGUUCCAGACCUGGGCACUGCAUGGGCUUGGAGACAGAACCAGUGGAGAUCAGCCUCUCAUGACAACAAAAGCUUUACUCUACCCUGAAUUCUACAGCACCAUAUUCUACCAUACACUCCUUCAAUAGGGAUUGGAGAUACAGAUCACCCAGACUUAGAGUUGAAGUAUCACCCAGACUGGAUAAACAACUAACUUCCCUUAACAUAGACAUUGUUAUCUCCUCCAAAAAACAACCUAAAUAAACCAACUGACAGCUCGAAUUGCAGAGGGAUCAGACUGAGAACUCUGCUGCCUGGGCCUCAGCUCAAAUUACAAUGUAUGGAUAUAAUGGACUAAAACGUGACUCCCAGCAUUGACUCCUGGAUGGAUGGAUGGAUGCAUGGAUGAGAACAAUAAAAAAUAAAGAAAAGAUAUAGCUGACGUAUCGGCCAGUGGCGCUCGGAAACUCCUAACUGCUCUUAGGAGUGACCUUUUCUAGAGGGAAAUGUUGUUUCUCACUCCGUCCGAACCAAACGACAGGAAGCUUUGAAACACACGGCCACCCCAGUCACCCCCUCCUUGGCAUUGUUAAGUCUAAAGAGCUGCUCACUUUCUCCACAAGAAAAAUAAUCUGUCAGGGAGAGAUGGCAAUGCAGUCAACGGGCAUGUUUGGGUGGCUGGACUAAGAAAGGAAAGAAAGAAUGAUUGGAAGAAAGGGGGAGGAAGAGAAGAGAAACGUCUGGGUUUUGGAGAAAAAUAAAGAUUUAGAGGGAGGGAAGACAGACAAACAGAAAUAGAAAAGUUUGAUGGUUUCUCAGCCUUUCUGCAUUAGCUGGAGAUUUGAAGUAGAGCACAUCGUUAUUGUGUAAGCGUCUUGGCUGUGAUCCAUGGGAACUGAUCCAGCGUGCUGUGUGUCUGUGGAGCUCCCAGCCUGCUUUAGUCUCCUGGGACAUCCCUGAUACUGUUUCUGGUAGGUCCUGAGUACACUUCUCCCAUCUGUCACCCUCCCUCCUUGUUAGCAGGACUAAGGAACUAAAGGAAACCUUAAGGAGGAAUAAUGAAGAAAGUCUGAGGGAAGAGGUGUCCAGCAGCAGGAGAAGCAACAUGGACAGCUAAGAUUCUCCUUAUCCCCACUGGAUUUUUUGCUCCACUUGCUCCAAAAGAGGACUGUCUGAACUUACUCUGAACACUCCACAAACGGUGAUCCUCAAACUGACAUACAGACCAAGCCAGGGACGGCUGCAGACGGUCUGGGUAGAAGAAGAGACAGAAACUGUGGAGCAAACCAGAGGAGAAGCAGAGAAAUUCCACAACUCCUCCAGCAGAGCAGCAAAGAGAUGGAGACGGAGAGGGGUCAUAUGUCUGUGAGGAGAGGGGUAAGCUGGAGCCCAGGUGGAGGGAGGAAGCCCCUUCAGGGCGGACAUAGCGGGAACACGGACACCGGCAAAAGAGAGAGUGAUGCAUCUUUGGAGAGGCGGGACUACAAAGGGAUCAAAGGACAGGUGACAUCGACCUCCACCAAUCAGCUGGCUCGGAAAACCAACCUGGCGCGUAGUGCCAGCCUAUCAGAGAAGGAGUUGAAGGAGGCGAGGGUGAGGUCACAGAUCAUCGCGGCCCAGCUGACCGUCCCGUCUGGCUGCUCCAACUCUCGCGGCGUCCAGCUCUUCAACCGCCGCAAGCAGAGGGUCAACGCCUUCACGCUAGAUAGCUGCGGGGAAAGAACGAGGGAACAGGAGAGAGACGGAGAUAACAGGAACAACAACCUGACAUGGGAAGAGGAGAGGGAGGGUCCUAGUGAAGGGACAGAGACAGAGACAGACAGACAACUGAACUGGAAGAACAGCAGCGGGACAAAACCACCACUCUGGUCGCCACCCUUUGGAAGUGAGGUCACAGGAAGUGACAUCAUGGAGGACAGAGGUGAUGAGCAAAUCUACGAGGAAGUGGACGUGACACAAGAGAGACACUUCCAGCCGGUGAACGAGAGAGAAGAGGAGGAGGAAGAGAGGAGUGGAGAGAGAGAAAGAGAGGAUAUAUACGAGGAUAUUGAAGGUGAAGUGAAGGAUGAGAUUAUACAAGUAAAUGACAACAACACUGGUCCAGUCAGAGAGGAAGUGGGGAUGAAUAGGGGAUCAUACACAUACCCCACAGCUCCCCCUGAGAGCUGGCGUAAUGGCUUCCACAGCAUCCAGGGCUCUGCUGGAGAGAUCCAAAAUGGCGGGCGAGUUUCUAUGUCCCUGUCCAGACAGACCCCCACCAUCGUCAACCGGACAGCCAGACCCUUCUUCUCCCCGCCCACCAUACAGCUUAAGUCCCCAGAGGCCAGGAGUCCUGUCAUGGAUAACAACAUACUCCCAGCCCCCUCCUAUCCUACCCCCACUCUUCCCCCAGCCCCCUCCUACUCCACUCCCCCUCUCCCUGCUUUCACUGCCACUCGCCCUGUCACCUUCUCCCCUCCUCCCCCUCUUGCCUCAUGCUCCAUGCCUCCUCUCAAAGCCUUCUCCAUCCAUCCUCCUCCUCCCUCCCUGUCUCUCUCCAGUCCUCCUCCGAAGUCUGCCAUCAUGUUCCCUAGGUCUACACCCAUCCCCCAGUACAACCCUCCUCCUACAGCUGCCCCAGUGUCCCAAUAUCUACCCCCCAACCCUCCUGUCACCCAAUACAUCCCUCCUCCAACCUCCCCCAGACCCAACACCUUUGUCCCCUUCACCCCUCAGCCGAUUGGUCAACAGAACCAGCAGCAGCCAAUCAAAACGGGCAUUCUGGAGAAAGGGGCGGCGGCCAUCAGACGAUCGUCAACAGCCAGGAAGUCCAUGUUCACUUUUAAGGAGAAGCCUGUCAUGGCACCCAACCCUGAACUCCUCUCUCUGGUCCAGGGGAAUGAUGAUAGGAAGAAGCACGGCCUCCGCUCCGUUCCCGACCCAGCCCCAGAGGAGGAGCUGCUGGCUCUGGGGGCCGAGGCCUCUAACUUCCUAGCCAGGGAGGAGGUGAAGGCGGAGGCUGCCAACGUGCCGGAGUGGUCCUCCUGUCUCAAGAGCUCCAGGACCAGGGAGCCCAGGGUUCAGCACCAGCCAGAGCAGACCCUGACCAACGCAUCAGGGAAGGGGGCCGAGCUGUUCGCUAAGCGCCAGUCCAGGAUGGAGAAGUACGUAGUGGAGAACCAGAAUGUCUCCGGUGGUGGAGGUGGUCAGAUGAGGUCUCCGUCUCCCACCGCGUCUCUACCGCCGUCUUGGAUCUACCCAUCUAAUAUGCCUGGCCGGGUCAAAGCUAUCGCUAACAACACUGACCUCAGCGCCAGGCUGACCCGGACCCUCCAGACCCCUCAGCCCGUGAACAGGAGGCCCAGCCAGCAGGCAUCAACGUCGGCCCCGGUCCUCGCAGAACCACCCCUGGAGUACGGCUGCACCAAGAUAGAGAUGGACCUCUCCAGGCACCAACCCUACCAGCUCAACUCCUCCCUGUUUAUCUUCAACCCAGUCCAGGACUCUACCAGCACCCUGCUGAGCGCUCUGCCCCGGGGGGCCCCGCCACCACCCAAACCCCUGGUCUCAUCUGAGGCCUACUCCAGGCAGGCCUCCCUGCCCUCCUCCAACCCUCAGUCACACAACUACAACAGCCUGCCCCGCUUCAGGCCUACCCUGUCACCCUCACUUCAGCCCCCAUCAGGAGGAAUUGGAGGUAGGGAUAACUAUCCUCCACAACACGGGGGGACUCCACAGCUGAGGGACCCCAGGAUCACCUCUCCUGUCUCUGCCUUCUCUCCGGAGAGAGUGGCCUCUCCUCGGUCGAGCGUCCAGGCACCCAGACCCACAUUCUCUGCCAAGAGGGCCGGGAUCGAACCCCAGAUGAGGAAGGAGUCCCCUCCGACCACGACCCCCGCCACCACCCCCACCAGGACACCGCAGUUCACCCGUCGGUUCAGCAGCCCAGAGGGACCCCCCACUUCCAGGCCCCUCCAACAGGCGACAGCCACCUCCCCUGCCUCCCCACCCUGGGAGACAAGGUGCAAGUCACCCACUGUGGUCAACCAAGCCACCAAACCCUUCUCCACAGCCUCUUUAUCCAGGCCUAAACCAUCCACUACCACUUCACCUAUAUCGCCUGUAUCUCCCUGGGGGUCCCGCUGUCAAUCCCCUAACAUCAACCAGACAACCAAGCCUUUCUCCACCAUCAUCUCCAACUCUUCCUCUUCCAGACCCUCUCACCAAGGCACCAUCCCCUCUCCUCUCUCCCCCUCACCCCUGUCCCCUCCCUGGGGUUCCAGAUGCCAGUCUCCCAUCGUCAGCCCCAGCCCCAACAACUCCAAGGCAAACCAUCGCCUGUUAGCCAAGAACAUCAUCAACGCCGCCAAACGUAAAAACAGCCCGUCCCCAGGUGCUCUGAGCGGCCACAACCUCCCAAUCUCCCCACUAGGUGACAACACCACCCACCAGCACCACCAGGGCUACGACCACCAGCACCACCAUAUCAGCUCCAAACCACCCUUCAGCCCCUACCAGUCCAGGGCCAUGGGGUGCCAGUCCCCCCCCUUCACCAGCCCACCUCCCACCCCUACUGGGGUGAUCCGGUCCCCAGUAAGGCUCUACAACACCAGGUCCCUCACUGACUCGGAUGCUUCAGUGGAGUCGGAGGACUCUGGGCUGAGGUCUCCAGGACUGCAGCGUACCCACAACACCAGUCCCCGGGGCUGGGGCGGCAGCCUGAGGGUUAAGAGGGGUAGUUUUGGCACCGACCUAUAGGGGGAGCCGGGGAGAGAGGGUCAGGAGAAAGGACCACUGAGCUUACCCAAUAAGAGAAGAAGAGAACCCAGAGAGGACAUUGAUAAAGGGACUGGUGGGUUUUGGGCAAUUCUUAAUUUCAUUGAUGUAUAGGAGCAUCUAAGAUGGAGGGCUCAGAGCUUGCCUCACAGGUGAGAUAUGGAAAGGACUUUGAAAGGAACUGAUCUUGUGUGUUUGUUACUUUGGAGCAUCCAGGAGUAAGGGAUAAUAUGAUGCCCUUACAACACAGCUGGGACAUAGGUUGCUUCUAUCUGGUGAUUCAAAAGUCCACUAAAACCCACCGAUUUGUCUGGCUGGCUAUAGAAGAGUCCAGGACCAUCAAGCUCAGAGUUAGCUCAACAGUGGGAUUACUGAGAGGAGAUUGAAUGGACAAUUCACUGUUGCCUCUGCCUCUCAUUCUUAUAAAAUACGUUAUACAUUUAUUUCACAAAAAGGAAAUUGAAGGGAUUCUAAAAUCCAAAGCGACCUGUCCGCAACUUUAUAUUUGGAUGAUGUCAUUGAAAAAAUUAAAUGUGUUGUAUUCAGGAAUUGCUGAAAUGUAAACCUAGCUUACUUGCAUUUGACUACGACAAAAGUUCAAUGAAAAAUACAAUUAUUACAGUAGCUCACUUAUGCUUACUCUAAAUAAUUCUAUAUUCUCAUUUGAGAGAGGCUGUAUUCAAAAUGGUACCCUAUUCUCUACAGGAUAUAGUGCACUACUUUUGACCCGAGCAUUAUGGAACCUAGUCAAAAGUAGUGCACUAUAUAGGUAAUAUGGUGUCAUUUGGGAUAUAUACAGAGUAUUGAUCAGUUUCAGUACCGUAGUAGUGUCUCCAGGGAGGCAGGUAUAGGAGUUUUGUAAUAUAAUAUUACAGUUUACUGGACUAUGCUUUCAUCAAGAAAUCCCUUUGAAAGUUGCCGUGAUAUUUAGUAGAUUAAGAAAACAAAGAUGGACUAUACUCUUCCCUCUGAAUGAGUACGUAGAGAUAGAAUGGGUAGAGUCAGAGCCAUAUAUUUAUAUUGACAUUUUAUAGAUAUGGUUCUGGUUACAUUGUAGUUUCUCUACCAUUCCAUAACCUUACUAUGCAAAGAAUCAAGAAACAUUGGCGUUAUUGUGGUAUUGAUAGCAUCACAAAUGGCCCCAAAAAACAUACACUACAGUAUAUCCUUUUUAGUGAACAGGGAAACAAACGUACACUACAGUAUAUCCUUUUUAGUGAACAGGGAAACAAACGUACACUACAGUGUAUCCUUUUUAGUGAACAGGGAAAUAGCAAACGUACACUACAGUAUAUCCUUUUUUGUGAACAGGGAAACCACAACACUUCUUAUGCAGUCUUUACCUAUCGCAGUGCAAUAAUGCAUCUAUCCCCUCUAUAUACUGUAUAUACAGUUACUGUAUGUUGUUUUAUGUACUGCUUUGUUUCAAAUGAAUGUACACAUUGGCAGGUAGAAGAGAGACAGACAAAGAGGAAGUUUGUGUAGGUUUACAGUAUAUGUUAACCAAUGGGACACAAUGUUAUCGUUUCUAAUAAUGAUAUGUCUACUGUCCGGGCACCGACAACAUACAAACAAUGACUGGGGACAUGAAAAUGACAACAAAUACAGUAUGUAGAAAUACUACAUUCUGAGUGAUCAAUAUGAAACCAAGGUUUUGUUGUCACUAAUGUUGUAGGGACAAACAUCUGUGUGUACCACAACGAUCAAGGUAGCCAAUAGGAAAGAUUAAUAAAAAAUAAAAAAGGCAUUCCACAAGAGAUGGUUGAGAGAAUGUUGCAGUCAGAUGUUAGGUUUGGGAUCAGACGAUAGGAGUAGGUUUGUUAAAUGACCAAACUCUUGCUGAAGCAAGGCCCUGUAUUCCACAUACAAUACUCUAAAUGCACAUGCACAUUUCAGUUUGCUUUAGAUUUUGCAUUUGAACAAGUUUCACUUGAUUUUGUACUUCUUUGAUUCAUUCUAUAUUCCUAUUGGCACACAGUAUCGGACUGACUUUGAUUGGCUGAAACAGGUGUCAUUCACAAAAGAAACCACACUGUUCUCCAUAAUUGUCAUAGUACCACAAUAUAAUAGCCUGUUUAUGUUAUACAGUUAAAAAACAAUUAUCAGUAAAUGUAAACAUUGCACUUCAACCCUCAGGAGGCAUUGUGUAUUUCAAGGCGGGGGGGGGGGGUCACCAAGGCCACCAAGGCCACCGACGUCAUUCCACAUCUCUCCCUCCGGCCCCGUAGUGGAUCACAAACAGAACAGGACCACAGGAAUGGUUCUAUCAUUGUCCCCUAAACACAUAGGACUCUUAUGUGACCGCUGCAUCAGCAGAUUACUGACUAGUCACAUGUGGGCUGUAUUCAUUAGACACCAAAAAGAAGAAGAAAAAGGAUAGAAACAGGAAGGGACUACCUGAGCUUGUCCAAUAAGGAUUUGUUUUCCAUUGCACAGCAUUUUGCUACAGUGUGCCCUGAUGUGUUGAAUCUCUGACUGACAGGGACAGCUGGUAUUAUGGUGACUUGGCACCUUGGGUAAGCAGGAAUAACCUUCUCACUGUCAUGGCUGCGUCUUAAAUGGCAUCCUAUUCAGAGUAAACACAUUUAGCUACUUGGUUUUCCUUGUGACAGCGAAGGUUAUUGUCAGAACAUUCACAACAGGAAAGGGGAAAUGCAAAAAAAACACCCAAAUGCUACGAACGGGAGAAAUCAACAAUAUAUCAACAAAACAAUAUAGAGCUAUCGGGGUAUUUCUGGUGCAGCCACUGUGGGUUUGUUUCAGCCUUGAGUAAACCCCCCCUCCCCUGAGAGUCUCCCCCUGCCAAUCAACACAGGAGCCACUGUGGGUUUGUUUCAGCCUUGAGUAAACCCCCCCUCCCCUGAGAGUCUCCCCCUGCCAAUCAACACAGGAGCCACUGUGGGUUUGUUUCAGCCUUGAGUAAACCCCCCUCCCCUGAGAGUCUCCCCCUGCCAAUCAACACAGGAGCCACUGUGGGUUUGUUUCAGCCUUGAGUAAACCCCCCCUCCCUGAGAGUCCCCCCGCCUAUCAACACAGAAUGGCUAUGUCCCAAUCCCAAGUGUUGAUUGUAAUUAGUUCUUAACAGAAUGUAUUUUAACAAAAGGGGGAGAUUUUCUUGAGUUUGGGACACAGAUUUGGUAAUAUGACUAACAACCAAUGAUGUUGUGUAUGUGUGUAUCAACAAUAGGUCUCAUGUACCCCUCCUUAAUUAUGUGUUAUUUAAAUAACGGAACACAAAACAAAAUAAAAGUGCUGACACUAAUUUUA